AGGUCAUAAUGGAUAGCCGGACCUUGGGCGGGCCAACUCGGCGCUCUGAUAUGAUUCUCUCCGGUAGAGCCGUUUCAGCAACCGCCACCCCAGUCGCAACAGGAGCGCGGCAGGCUCGGGAGCGGAAGAGGGCCGCUUGUCCCGCGGUUUCCUGGGCGGGCGGCGGCGACGACGACGACGACGAGAGGAGAGGAGCAGAGCAGGUCCCGUGUCGGAGGGCGAACGGUGGCAAGGGACAGGCUGCCACCUGCUAAGGAACGGUUCCCGGCGGCCCAUGGCCGACGGGGAAGCCGCCCCAGCCACGGGGCCCGACUCGAUGGCCGACCCGGGGAAAGAGAGAACGGAGGAAGCGGGCGGUGCCGAGUUCGAGUGGGUGGAGAAGCAGCGCGGGGCGUGUGAGCCGGAGCGACACUGGCGGUAUCGGCGGGAGUUCUUGAUGCGAAACGCGGAGGCCGUGCCCUUGGCCCCGGAGGGCGAGGACGGCCGGGAGAGCGCGGCCCUGCGGCGCCUCGUUUCCUUCUCCAUGGUGUGGGCCAACCACGUCUUCUUGGGAUGCCGGUAUCCUCCACAAGUAAUGGAAAAAGUGAUGGACAUGGCUGCAGGCAUCACUGUGACCAACGCUCCAUCCCACACUCUGAGAGAUGAACUGGUUGCCAAGGUGAAACGACGCAUAUCCAGUAGCAAUGAAGGGCUGGAAGAGCCCUGCAAGAAACGAGCUGUGGGCCUGGACAGAAUUCCUGAAGCGAGCGAUAGCAGUAAAAAGACAGCAAAGACAGAGGUGUUCCUGAAAAAAGAUGUUGAACCUGUGAAGAACCCAAUAAAAGAGGCAACAGAUAAUCCAGGAAAGAUACUGGCUUCAUCUGUGGUACAGAAGGUAGCACCUGCAGCAUCUUCGCCUGCAGCCCAGAGGGUAGCACCUGUAACAUCAUCACCUGUGGCUCAGAAGGUAGCGCCCACAGCAGCUUUGCCUGUGGUCCAGAAGGCAGUGCCUGCAGUAUCUUCACCCGUAUCCCAAAAGGUGGCGCCUGCAGAAUCUUCAGUUGGAGUGAGGAUAGAAGGAAUAGCUGCUAAUUAUGAAACUGCAGCAACUGCUAAGCACAAAUCUGUUGUGGCUUCUUCCUUGCCUGGCUCUAAAUCAAAGAUGAAUUACUGUUCAGCUAAACCUUCAGAAACCAAAUCUGAAAAUGUCUCACUGCCCGAAAAGAAAGUUAGCUCAGAAGGUACUGCAGUAUUAGCUUCAAAAAGCACUUCACACACAAGUGUACCUCCUCCCAAAGUACCAUGCAAAUUAUUGACAAAUGAAGAUGCAAAAGAGAGGCAGCCAUUUUUCAACAGACUAUACAAAGCUGUUGCUUGGAAACUGGUUGCUGCUGGAGGAUUUAGUGCCAGUGUCAACCAUGUAGAACUCUUGAACUCAUCCAUUCAGUCUGUAAAGGCAACAUUAGAUGUUGAAUUUGUUCCACUAAAAGAGCUUGCAGAUUUACCUCAGAAUAAAAGCUCUCAGGAAAAUGUGGUUUGUGAACUGAGAUGCAAAUCUGUAUAUUUGGGUACUGGCUGUGGAAAAAGUAAGGAAAAUGCCAAAGCUGUUGCUUCCAGAGAGGCACUGAAACUGUUUCUCAAGAAGAAGGUUGUAGUGAAGUUAUGUAAAAGAAAGUAUAAAGGAAAGGAAAUUGAAGACUUGGUGCUUCUAGAUGAAGAAGCAAAACCAUUAAAUUUACCUCCAGCUUUAAGAAAUCCUCAAGAAAUAAUUGCAAAACAAUGAAAUACUCACUGCUUAUACUAGCAAAUAAUGUUUUAUCACAAAUAACUGAAUUACUUUUGUAUAUUAAAUUAGAUUCCCAGAUAUUUUGUAAAAUUUUUCAGUUUUGCAGAACAAAUAUCAUUGUUCUUUUCACUUAGUAGCCAAUAAAUCUUUGUAGAUGUAAAGCGUGCAGAGGUCUGCCUUAAUGUACAUAGCACGUUAGUGUGCUGUUUUAUUUGCUAAAUAGUCUACUUAAGUCUUCUAUUUUUUAACAGAAUAAUUAAAUACAGUUUGCUGUUCAGUGCAGUCUAAUUUUGUAAGUCCAGCAGUUUGAUGACAGUAUUGCUCGCUUCUCAACUCAUAUCUUUUUUUAAAGCUGCAAAUUAAUAUGUUGGUAAGAACCAUUGUAUUGGGAUUGUCAAAAGAUGUCUAAAAUUAGUCAGACGCUUUACCACUUGCUAUGUGUGUUGGUCAUAAUGUUCAUAAUGUCUGUUAAAGCAUUCCCCUUAUUUAGAUUAUUUUAAUGUAGUACUAAUUUAAAAAUUAAUUAUAAAAGAUGUGCUGGUCCUGUUUUAAUAUACAUUCAAGUUACCAGUAAAAUCAUCUAAUUGUAUCACAACAAAAAAUUUCUCUAAGCAGAUUUAACUUAUAUUUUAUGAGAAAUCCAAUUUUCACUUUUUCAAAUAAAUACAAUUUUCUAUAUUAAGCUUAUUUUACGUCUGCAAUAAUUUGGGAACAUUUUUUAGCUUUCAUGUAAUAUUCUGCUUUCAUUGAGCACUUUUAACUAACAUUCAAUUUUUACAACUUUGAUAUUUGCUUUUAAAGUCUUAAAAGCUGUAGUGUUAUCAGCUCUUGCAGCCCACAUGAAAUGUGACUUAUUAAAAUAUAAACAUUUUCUUUUGACUUCAGUAUGUAUUUACAAAUAUGCUAAUUAAAUUUCAAACACAAAACAUUUUGUACAAACAGGACAUGAUCAGGUUUUCUGCAGUGUUAUGUCACCUGCCUAAAUGUACAGGUGUUACCUCUGUGUUGGCCUUUUCUGUAUGAGUAAUAAAGCAAAGUACAUGGGUUUAUUUAUUCACACAAUAAAUAUUCCAAGGCAGCAGUUCUUUGAUUUUAAAAUCAGGAUGAAACCUGUAGGUUUGGGAGCAAGAUAAUAUUAUUCAAUUUGCCAACUGCUACAUAAAUAGGAAGCCACAAACAGCAUUUCUUGAAGUUGCUAAAAUAAUGCAGUUAUCUAUAGAUAAUACACUGAAUGGUCUGUAGUUAAUUCAAGAAAAUUCACUGCAAGAAAAUUUUGUGUAAGGUUUCCUCUCCUUGCAGCAACAUUUGCCCCUUCAAAAAUGCCUUUUAAGAGGGUUGAAGGGUGCUCCUGAGCAAAUUGCUUUGGAACACAGGCAGUGGGGACUGCAGGAAGAAUGGAACAGGAAGCUUCCUUAACAUAGGAUCCAGGACUGGUUUUUUAUUAUCCUCACCCCUUUUCUCCCAGCAGCUUCCUUGUACAAUCCCAUGCUGUAAUGGAGAGAUUCUGAGUGGAGUGGGGACAGGAGUCUUCUGUCAGCUUCAAAUCAUUUGUUGGAUGUUUAUGUUCUAUUUAAAUGCAUUUUUAUGUUCUGUUUAAAUGGUAUUUUAUAUAGGAUUGGGUUUUAAGAGUGGCAUCCAGUGUUUGAAAAAAAAUCAUUUAAAUAAAGGUGUUUCCAUUU